AAAAGGCGUCUUUUUUCCACUCACACUAUGCAUGAAACGACAACUAAAAGUACUUUAUCAUGUGACCUACAACGUUUCUCUUUCUCUUCUCCUUGGAUUUUUCAAACACCCAAACAGUUUUGGUAGCUGCAAACCCUAGCAGAGUCUCUACAAUCCCUUGUUUCAGAUCAUUUCAAGGUUCAAUUAUAGUUUCUAUUCUUCCUUCUCUCAAAUUGUGGUCUCUGAAACCCCCUGAUUUCUUCUCCUCACUGUUUUCUUCUGCAGCUUUCUUGGUAAUUUUGAAGAGAAUCUUGUAGAGAGAGAAAGUCCUUGAGAGAGCAAUAGCCACAGAGGAUUUUGGUUUGCCAUGUGGUUAUUGCCCCUCUCGUUAGAAUGAGAUUUGGGGAAGAAUUUUUUUGAUAAAAAUUAUUAUUAGUUUUCUGGAAUUGAAUAGCUUUCAGGAAUGAAGGUGUUGGGGAUUUUGGGAUAUGUCUAAUCGAUUAGGGUGGUUAACUAGUAUUAAUAAUCCUAGGAGUGGAAUACAGAAGAUGUUGCUUACUGCCAAGUCAUGCCCGACUAAAAUUGAGCCAAUUGCCAUGUUGGAUACAGUGCAAGAAAUUGCUAUUUACAUACAUAGGUUUCAUAAUCUUGACCUUUUUCAGCAAGGAUGGUAUCAAAUGAAAAUCACUGUGAGAUGGGAAGACAGUGAGUAUACUUCAAUGGGAAGUCCUGCAAGGGUUGCACAAUAUGAACCUCCUGACUUGGGUUCGGAUAAUGCAUUUGGAAUAUGGAGGAUUGAUGAUACAGACAACAGUUUCUUAACACAGCCUUUUCGAAUUAAAUAUGCCAAGCAGGAUAUUCGUUUAUCCAUUAUGGUCUCAUUCAAUCUAUCUCUUACUGGAAGUAAGGUUCCACCUACAUCUGCUGUUAUUUUGAAAUUUGAGCUUUUGCAAGCUCCCAUGACAGCAAAUGGGCUUGAGUUGCUGGCUUAUAUAGAUGCUUCCACUGUUGCAGUACAUGAAUUUCGAAUUCCUCCUAAGGCUCUUCUGGGAUUGCAUUCAUAUUGUCCUGUCCAUUUUGAUGCAUUUCAUGCUGUGCUAGUUGAUGUAAGUGUUCAUAUCAGUCUAUUGAAGACCGACUCUUACAUCAAGGUACCCAGUGAUCCUUACGCCCAUGAAGAUGUAGCUGGCAAAAAGAUUGGCGAAUUCAAUCAAGCAUUAGGUCAAGUGGCUUCUGCAGAUAUGAAGCAGAUCAUGCUUGUUAAAGCAAUGUUAUUUGCCCGUGAGACAUUGCUUGAAGAGCUAAAGCUACUUAGCAAAGCCAUUGGCCAAGCUAUUGAUUUAACUGAUUUUUUAUCCAAAAUGGAUGAUAUAGAGAUGAUUGAUUCUAUUCUGCCAGAAAAUAUUGGCACUGCAGAUGGUGAAGUUUCAGGACAAGGCAAGCUACAAAAUGUUCUUGAGAAGGCUAGCAGCUAUGUCAUCGAUGAAUUUCCUUGUGUUUUGUCAGAGGAUGCUGUAGUCAACAUUUUUCAUUCACUAGGUGCCCAGUUGUCUUACUUAUGGAGCAUCUUUCUUCAAUUUCAAAGGGAAAACAAAACAAAAAUACUGGAAUUUUUGCGUGGGGAAUGGGCUAAGGAUAGAAGGGCUGAAUGGUCAAUAUGGAUGAUAUGCUCUAAGGUUGAGAUGCCUCAUCAUUACAUAAGCAGUCGAAAUGAUAGUUCUGUAACACAUGCUGUCCCAAAAAGAGUUAUGAGUUUGUGGAAGUUACCUGAUGAUCCUGCCCAAACUGCUGCUAUGCGUGCUGAACUUCAUCGACGAAGUAUUGCCCAAAUGAAGAUUAAUAAUCAGUCCAUUCAAGACAUGCAUAUUUUUGGAGAUCCUUUGCAAAUUCCAAUUAUAAUUGUGGAACGUGUCAUGAAUGCACCACGUCGUACUUUAAGUGAAAAUUCCUAUUUUAGAAAUGUGGAUCUGAUAGAUUCAUCUAGCUUAUUUGCUCAACCUAGUAUUGAAGCUGGAAAAGGGCUACCUGACAUACCUCGGACAAGCUUGAAGCAAAGUGGUCGUGAGUUGAAGGUGGUUGUCUUUGUGCAUGGAUUUCAGGGACACCAUCUGGAUUUACGGCUUGUUCGAAAUCAAUGGCUUUUGAUAGACCCCAAGAUAGAGUUUCUUAUGUCGGAGGUAAACGAAGACAAAACAUCAGGAGACUUCAGGGAAAUGGGACAAAGGCUGGCUCAGGAAGUGACCUCUUUUCUUAAAAAGAAAAUUGAUAAGCUUUCUAAAUCCUAUAACUUGAGAGGUGUCAAGCUUAGCUUUGUAGGACAUUCUAUUGGAAAUGUCAUUAUAAGAACAGCAUUAGCAGAGAGCAUUAUGGAACCAUAUCUAAGAUGCCUGUACACGUAUGUAUCUAUAUCUGGUCCACACUUGGGAUACCUUUAUAGUUCGAACUCUUUAUUUAACUCUGGAAUGUGGCUAUUGAAGAAGCUCAAAGGAUCACAAUCCAUUCAUCAACUUACUUUCACUGAUGACCCUGAUCUUCGGAAAACUUUCUUGUACAGACUUUGUGAGCAAAAAACACUAGAGCAUUUCAGGCAUAUAAUACUGCUAUCUUCACCCCAGGAUGGUUAUGUGCCACAUCAUUCCGCGAGAAUUGAACUGUGCCAGGCUGCUUCCUUGGAUUACUCAAAAAAGGGUGCAGUAUUCUUGGAGAUGCUGAAUAAUUGCUUGGAUCAGAUCCGAGCUACAAGCCUUGAGAAUCGGCUCUUCAUGCGUUGUGAUGUCAAUUUUGCAACCUCUUCCUAUGGCAGGAACUUGAACACAAUCAUCGGGCGGGCUGCCCAUAUCGAGUUCUUGGAGUCCGACAUUUUUGUGAAGUUCAUAAUGUGGUCUUUUCCAGAAAUAUUUCAUUGAUUGCCAUGGAAACAUGCCAUCUCAGCCAUUCCAGCUUUGCCAGUGCUAACGGGCAAUCUCACUGAAUUAUUUCUUGACAAGGCAACCAGAAAAGAUUAGGUGGGGUAAAGCUAACUUAUGGCAGUUGCUUUCUUGUCGGCAUGCAGGUUCUUGCUGACCUCUGUAAUUUGGGUUUAAAAGCUAAUUUCAGUGGAAGGAAGAGGAGUGAUUCAAUAUGCAAAUUUUUAUCCUCUGUUCUACAAUGUUGUAACAUACUGUUGAAUAGGGAGUUGCUCAGGGUUCAGAUUUCCAAUGGUCAUAGGCUCAAGCUUUCAUAUGUUUACGGGGAAAUUUGGACUGAAGGCUGAAAGACAUUAGUGAUGUAAUUAUUUUCUAGGUUCGGUAGAUUGCCUGUAUACAAUUAGGCUUCCAUUAAUCCUAUUUGGUUCCAAGGAAGGCAAGAUGGUAGUAUUUUUGUUAGUUGACAGGUGAAGUAAAAUUCAAUCCAGUUCUCCAUUUUGAAUGUAAUAAUGAUUAGUAUGACUAAUUUUAUUGCACUGUAUUUUUAUCAGUUUAUCUUGCUGUGUCCUCGACAAAACAGGAAACAAGUAAUCCGCAAUUUUUAUUUUUAUUUUUUUA